CAUGGAUGAAUUUGCAAAUAUUAGUGAAGCUGUUGACAAAAGCUGUGUACACUAGUGCAGGACCGAUCAUUGCUCAUCAGAUCAUCAGAUCACUGCUGGAGAACGAGGCUGUCCUUCACGACAUCACAAAUGUUUAGUUCAUGAUGAGAAUAAGCUGUUUGAGGAGUUUGUUUCCAGCUCUGGCUGUCUCUGCAGUGUUUCUCUAUGUGAGCUCUGUCAAACGAAACCUCCAAACCCAAGAGAAGCAGCUUUAUCAAGCCCAGCAGAACCUCUCGUUACACAAUGAUCUUCUUCUCAACAAACUGGAGAAACUGGAGGCUCAGAUACACAACAUAGAAGAGAGAAACCGUAAUGUGAAAACAGAGAAGCAACCGGUGAAGAAGCUGUUUCCAAACUCGCGUCUGUUCCAGCGAUGGACUGUGGAACUUUCUGAAGAAGAUCAGAGGAAGGCUGAAGAUCUUUUUCAGAAAUAUGGCUAUAACGCCUUUCUCAGUGAUCAGAUCCCUCUGGACAGAGAGCUGCCGGAGACUCGAGACCACAGAUGCGUUGAACGUGAAUAUCCCCAGAAUCUGCCCACCAUCGGUGUGAUUCUGAUUUAUCUGGAUGAGGCUCUGUCUGUCAUUCAAAGAGCUGUUUGUAGCAUCAUCAACAGAACUCCAGCCCACCUGCUGAAAGAGAUCAUACUGGUGGAUGACCACAGCCAAAAUGAAGAUCUGAAGACACAGCUGAAUGAUUUUGUGAGAUCUAUUAACCAGAAGCAUCCAAACUUGUUGAAACUGGUGAUACAUUCAGAGCAGAGAGGUCUCACGCAGGCGAGAAUCUCAGGAUGGAAGGCUGCCUCCGCGGAUGUAGUUGCCAUUUUGGAUGCCCACAUUGAAGUCCAUGUCAAAUGGGCAGAGCCUUUGCUUGCUCGUAUCCAGGCCGACCGCACGGUGGUCCUGAGCCCCGUGUUUGACAAAGUGAAUUUCGAUGAUUUGCAAAUAACGAAUUAUCCUGCAAACGCUCAUGGCUUCGACUGGGCUCUCUGGUGCGCGUAUGAAACGUUCCCACAGAAGUGGUAUGAUCAGAAUGACCCUUCACGGCCAGGAAAGAGUCCAUCUGUAAUGGGCAUUCUGGCUGCUGAUCGUCUGUUCUUUGGUGAGAUUGGAACUCUAGAUGCAGGGAUGCGGGUGUAUGGAGGCGAGAAUGUUGAAUUGGGAAUUCGGGUGUGGCUUUGUGGAGGAAGUAUAGAGAUUGUGCCGUGCUCUAAAGUCGCCCACAUUGAAAGGGCACACAAACCCUACAUGCUUGACCUUAGCAUUACAAUGAAGAGAAAUGCCCUCAGAGUGGCAGAAGUGUGGAUGGAUGAAUACAAGACUAACGUAAACGUUGCCUGGAAUCUUCCCAUAGAGGACCAUGGGAUAGACAUUGGAGAUGUAUCCGAGCGAAGGAAAUUGAGAGAGAGGCUGAAGUGCAAACCAUUUAAAUGGUAUCUGGAAAAUGUCUAUCCUCAGUUAAAGCUCAUAGAUGAUAUACUUGGUUAUGGAGUGCUGCACAAUGAUCUGAAAACAAGUUUAUGUUUGGAUCAGGGGCCGCUUGAUGGAAACACUCCCAUUUUAUAUCCAUGUCAUUACUCAUAUUCACAAUUUCUCCAUACACAGGUGUUUAAAUAUACAACUAGUGGUGAGAUAUUUAUUGGUCCCCUUGAGUCUCAUACACAGACACACACACGUUGUCUCAUAGAUCCGGGCUCAGGGAGAGUCCCGGCAUUGAAGUUGUGCUCAGGCACUAAAAAGCUUAAAGAGCACAUAUAUUGGGACUUCAAACAGGGACAGGCCAUACAGAACAGAGACACCAAACGCUGUCUGGAGGUCAGUGUUGAUCAGAAUGGAGAGUAUGAACUCUUUAUUGGUGAAUGCAGCGGCCAGCACUGGAGGAUACAGUAUAUUGUUCAGGACUUUUAAAAUGAUGUAAAUGACGCUGACAUGAAGCCGGAGUUCUUUGUGUAUACACUAAAGCGGGUAAAAAGAAAUGUGAAUACAGCUGGUCAAAUAUUGUGAACUGCUUUAUCUGUCAGUGGUUCUUAAUUUUUUUGAGCACCGGACUCACAUCACAUUUUAAACCAUCCUUCUGGUCCCUAACCCCUGUAACUGAUAUCUUGUUUUCUGUCCUCACAGCAUCAUUUUCACUCAAUUUAGAGAACGAUCUUAAGAUAAACUCCAACAAAAAUGUUAUUCUUUUUGACGAAAGGCACUAAAAUGCAACUUUCAUCUGGUUAUUUUGUUGUUGUUGUGUUAAAUUAAUCAAUCAAUCGCAAUAACAUUGACAAAAUAUUCUGUUUUAGUAUUUAAAACAGUAUUAAUGCACUUUACGGUAUUUUCUUAUUUGGCCAAAGACUUGCAUGAGAAACCAUCACCAUUAUAAUGUUUUUAUUUCGUUGAAUAUUUGUGGACAUAUUUUGGAAUAGUUUUGCACUUUCUCUUCAACCAAAAUGUUAUUUUGUAUUCACUAAAAAUGAUGUUAUUUUAGUCGACUGGAUUAAACAAAGGUGGUAAGAACCACCCAUGGCCCAACAACAGAAUGGUGUAUGAAGGUAUUCUUAAAAUGUUAAUUGGCUCUAUUGAUCAUUUGAAUCUGAGCCCAAUUUGAAAGUGAAACAAUUAGGACACAAUUCCAUGUAGAAUUUUAAUUAUUCAUAAAUGGGUAUGGACAAAUACACUGUGUCCUAUAUUGUGACAUUAACUUAAUCUAAACAUUGUUAAGUUGGUUUAGACAGAGUUAUACAUGUUUAGAAGGUUUCCAGAAAAUAUAGCCUGAAGUGAGGGAUGACAGCUAGAGUUUGUUGCUUUAUGACACAUGCCACCAAAGGUUUUCUUGUUUUAUGCAACUCCACGAUCACACCCAACAUAAGUUUCCUUAAACUAGUUGAGGGAAUUACAAAGGUAUCAAGUAAUGCGAUAAGGUAAUUGCGAUUUACAUUGAUGGAAAUCAAUACUGUGUUGGGUUGUCAACAAGAGACUGUCGAUCGUUUAACUGCAGUAAUACAACAUGCAGAGUAUUACACAAUAAAAUGCACUGCAG